AUGAAGGGCGGCACGAUUCAGAUAAUCUGGCAUGAGAACAAACCUGUCUUAACCCUCGAUUUCCAUCCUCUCUCCUCCACUCUCGCCACAGCCGGCGCCGAUUGCGACAUUAAGCUUUGGUCAAUAAAACCAGCAGGAACACAGAAUAAGCUACCCGUAGUUACCUAUCUUAGUAGCCUGUCUCACCAUAGUACUGCAGUGAAUGUUAUUCGCUUCUCUUCUUCUGGGGAACUGCUAGCCUCUGGUUCUGAUGGAGGUGACCUGAUAAUAUGGAAGCUACAUUCUACAGAUACUGGUCAGACAUGGAAGGUUCACAAGAUGUUACGGUCUCAUCACAAGGACAUUCUGGACCUGCAGUGGUCUACCGAUGCCACUUUUCUCAUAUCUGGAUCAGUCGAUAAUUGUUGCAUUAUUUGGGAUGCUAACAAAGGAACUAACCUUCAGACAUUGGAUACCCAUGCACACUAUGUUCAGGGGGUUGCAUGGGACCCUCUUGGGAAGUAUGUUACUUCUCUUAGUUCUGACAGGACUUGCCGAAUUUACAUCAAUAAGCCUCAUAAAUCAAAGGGCACCGAGAAAAUCAAUUAUGUUUGUCAGCAUGUUAUUUCUAAGGCAGAACAGCCAUUAUUAAAGGAUUCUAAGUUAUCGAAAUAUCAUCUCUUCCAUGAUGAGACGCUGCCAUCUUUCUUCAGAAGAUUAGCCUGGUCUCCCGAUGGUUCAUUUCUACUUGUCCCUGCAGGCUCUUACAAAAUUAAUACUGCAUCUGAAUCUGUAAAUGCGGCUUACAUAUUUUCUAGAAAAGAUCUUUCUCGGCCUGCUAUACAGCUUCCUUGUGCAAGCAAACCUGUUGUUGCUGUCCGGUUUUGCCCCAUUAUUUUUAACCUUCGGGGAACUCACUCAGAUGGGUUAUUUAAGCUCCCGUAUCGCAUUGUAUUUGCUGUCGCCACUUUGAAUUCAUUGUACAUUUACGAUACCGAGGGCACUUCUCCAAUAGCAGUAUUAGCUGGUCUUCAUUAUGCUGCAAUAACAGAUAUCGCCUGGUCACCUGAUGCCCAUUAUUUGGCAUUGUCCUCACAAGAUUGCUUUUGCUCAUUGGUCGAAUUUGAAGAUGACGAACUUGGAUCACCUUUCUCUUUACCACAAGGAAAGGUCUCAGACAAGGAUUGUAAGAGCACCCAGCAGACAGCCAACGACACUGUCCUUGUACCAACUGGGGAUGUUGGUGCACUGGUAGCAGAAAGCAGGAAAUUGGAAGAAGAGAAGGCUGAUGACAUGAUCAUUGAAGAAGAGAAGGUUGAUGACAUGAUCAUUGAAGCAACUGGAAGUGUUGGAGCAGCUGUAUUAGAUAGUAGAAAAACUGAAGCAGAGGAUAAAGCUGAGAAACUAAAUUUAGGAGCAGAAGAGAAGGCAGAGAAACAGCCAGCAAAUUCAGAUGGAAAACAAACUGAAGCAGAAGAGAAGACAGAGAAACCGCAAUCAAGUUUAGAUGGUAUAAAAUCACAACCCGAAGAAAAGGUAGGGAAACAAUUGUCCAGUUCAAAAAGUACGCCCAUCUCAAAUAAGUCAGCUAAGAAGCGUAUUACUCCUAUUUCAAUUGACCCAUAAUUUUUCAAUUCCG